GUAUCACCCUUUAACAAUGGCUGAGACCAGCAAGAUAUUGAUCAUCGGAGGGACUGGUUAUAUCGGAAAGUUUAUCGUAGAAGCGAGCGCCAAGUCCGGCCACCCGACCUUUGCUUUGAUCAGGGAAAGCACCGCUUCUGAUCCAGCCAAAGCCGAACUCAUCAAGAGUUUUAAGGAAUCUGGGGUCACCUUCCUCUACGGGGAUUUGUACGAUCACGAGAGUUUGGUAAAGGCAAUCAAGCAGGUCGAUGUGGUGAUCUCUACUGUCGGUCAUGGGCAGUUGGCAGAUCAAGUGAAGAUCAUUGCUGCUAUCAAAGAAGCUGGAAACGUGAAGAGGUUCUUCCCUUCGGAAUUUGGGAAUGAUGUGGAUCGUGUUCAUGCUGUUGAGCCUGCAAAGUCUGCAUUUGAGAUCAAGGCUCAAAUCCGCCGAACUGUUGAGGCUGAAGGGAUUCCCUACACUUAUGUUUCUUCUAACUUCUUUGCCGGCUACUUUCUUCCCAGUUUGUCACAGCCUGGUGCCACUGCACCUCCUAGAGACAAAGUUGUCAUCUUGGGGGAUGGAAAUCCCAAAGCAAUUUUCAACAAUGAGAAAGACAUUGGCACCUACACGAUUAAAGCAGUGGAUGAUCCAAGGACCUUGAACAAGGUCCUCUACAUCAGAUCACCAGGCAACAUUUAUUCAUUCAAUGAACUAGUUUCCCUCUGGGAGAAGAAGAUCGGCAAGACCCUUGAAAGGGUCUAUGUUCCAGAGGAUCAAGUACUCAAGAACAUCCAAGAGGCCCCUAUUCCAGUGAAUGUGAUAUUGGCGAUCGGGCACUCGGUUUUUGUGAAGGGAGAUCAUACAAACUUCGAGAUAGAAGUUUCAUUUGGGGUGGAGGCAUCUGAGCUAUAUCCUGAUGUGAAAUACAUUACCGUGGAUGAAUACCUCAAUCAGUUUGUCUGAGAGUGGAACAGAACUCUUUCUCCGGAUAGAGUUUGGUGUUCACUUUUCAUAGUAACUAUGAGUCAAUAAAUGUUUAGGUUGUUGCGUGAUGGUCUGGACAGGGUCUAUUGUUUUUGUUUGAUUUCACAGGAUAUGUAUAGCAAUGUGGGAUUUGAUAUGAAUGAGAUAAUGAUGGUUUGGUGGUGGACUAA